UAGGGUUGUAAGAAAAAUCGAUAUUUGGGUAUUGCCCAAACCAACUUAUUAUGGGUGGUUUGGAUGAUUUUACUUUUGGGCUGAUUCAUAUCAACUUUUUAGUUUGGAUAUAAAUUGGACAUAUGAUAUUUUAAACAUUAAUAGUUUGAAUUUUGACCAAAACGUAAAGAGCUUGUCAUAUACAACUUCAUGUAGUCGAUGUAAUGAUUAACUUUAAUAAGCGAGAAGGGACAUUGAGCAAAUGAUUCCUAUGUUAAAUCUUCUCUCGUAAUACCAUUGAUAGUUUGUAUUCUUUUUGCUUUGUUUUUAUUAUUAUCAAGUUCAUUAUCAACCAAAAAGAAAAAGAAAAUUUAACAAACACUAAAGCGGAUAAAACUCGCUCAUAACCCCAAACUCGACAACAUCAUGUUUAACUCUCUUUGACCGAGUUGAAUCAAGUUUGUAACAAAUUCACAACCGACCCGACCAAACAAUUAUAAAAGCGAAUAAAACUCACUCCCGCCCGAGAAAUUAACAAACACUAAAGCUCAUAAAACACUCUCACGACCCAAAACUCGGCAACAUCAUGUUCAACUCUCUUUGAUCGGGUUGAACCGAGUUUGUAACAAAUUCACAACCAACUCGACCCAAAAAGUACAAAAGCGAACAAAACUCACUCCUUCCUGAAAGCUUGUAAACACCGGGUUCAAGUCAUUUUUAUCAAGUUAGAUUAGGUUGGAUACCCAUAGGUUUGGGUUCUCAACCAAAGGGAAAAGAUAAAUAAAAAACACUAAAGCGGAUAGAGCUCGUUCCCCACCACAAACUCUAUACACCAAGUUCAACUUGCCUUCACUAGUUCGAACCUGAGUUUUUAACGAUUCACACUUGGCUGAACAUGCCAAUUCUAAAAGCAUAUAAAAUUCGCUCUUGAUACAAAACUCGCCAGUACCGAGUCUUGCUUCAAUUGUCAUUCUCAACGAAAAGGAAAAUUGAUGCAACAGGGAAAGCAAUGAACAACUUAGUAGACAAUAACUACAACGAGAAACCUAAUGAGCAAUAGAUGUUAACCAACGGACAAUAAAUAAAAUGAGAGAGUGAGGUAAAAGAAGGACAUGCCACUUCCCCACUUGCAACUACAAAAGCGGAUAAAACGCGUUCUCGAUACAAAACUCGCCAAUACAAUGGGUUUGGGUUCAAUUAUCAUUCUCAACAAAAAGAAAAAAUGGUAAUUUAAAAUUACUAAAGUCAGGUUCAAGUCGCUUUGACCUAGUCGAAUUAGGUUGGAUACCCAUGAGAUUGAGUUCAAUUGUCAUGUUUAACCAAUAGAAAAAGAGAAAUAAGAAACCACUAAAGAAUAUAAAAUUCGGUCCCAAUACAAAACUCGGCAACACAAAGCAUAUUCGUAUGGAUUUUCGGUAGUGGUCUUGCCACGGCCGCUACUGCACAUCCAUACCCAUCGUAGUGGUUCGAGAUGGGUUGCGAAUUGGUGAACCAAUGCGAUGACUUGGGCGGAAGAUCAUAGACGAAAACCUAAUGGAUAAUUGAUGCAACAGGGAAAGCAAUGAACAAACUUAGUAGAUAAUAACUACUAUGAGAAACCUAAUGGGUAAUAUAUGUACACCCAACGGACAAUAAAUAAAAUGAGAGAGUGGGGUAAAAGAAGGUCUUGUCACUUUCACACUUGCACUUGAAGUAGUUUAUGGGGCGCUCAAAAGAAAAUUGGGUGCUCAAAAAAAAUUGAUACCCUAUUCAAAUGCAAUUUUGGGCCUAUUUUUUGUUAUGAAACAAACAGAAAGGUAGAAUAACCUACAUUAAAGAUGUAAUUGGGUUGAAACUUGAAAGUCAUUAAUGAGAUAGUUGGUUAUUACCUCUUUUUGUGCGUACGAUUAUCUGUAUCCAAAUAGACCCAUUUGAAUUAGACCCAAUUGAAACGCAACUCAAACACCAAACCACUAAAAAUGUAUAUGGGUCAUUUAAGUCCGACCCUAUAUCAAUAUGAUCUAAUGAUUCCCGUGGCAUUAAGAAACGAGCACAUGACACAUAUAUUCGAUACCUCAGGGGAUGGGACAUAUCAUAUAGGGAGGAUUUGGGGAAUGUAUGGAUCAGCUGCAGGCAAAGCCAAUUAUGUUCCCCCCUUGUUUUGGUUAUGGGCUAUUCAUAAUAAUAAUGCAUCCAUAGGCUGGGUAGCUUGACCCUCACAGCAAGCAAUUGCAACGAAAAGAGCAGCAGAAGCAGUUGCAGCAGAGACAGGGCAUCAACGUGCAUCCUAUUUGGGAUAUAUGCCAAUGCCAAUGCCACGUCUGAAAAAGGCUAAAGAAGAAGUAGUACUGCAUACAUCCCCACAUGCACUAUUCUAUUCUAUAUGUUGCUAUUUACAUAUAUACCUCGAUCGAGCGUCGACACUAAAAUAUCAAAGCAUCAGCAGUACCUGGAAUAACAUCUAUACAUAACCGAACAUAAUAGGAAACGAAUAGUUCUGGGUCUCAAUAUCGGGUGUAAAACUCUUGUUUUAUGGACAUAUUUAUGGCGAUUUUUUCAAAACUCCAAAUCACGAUGGUUUAGAGUCUGACAAACAAACUGAGUCGAAUAUAUAGUACGUUCAAUAUGUUGUUUAUAUGUUUGUAUACUUUAAACGGUCGACUGCGUUAUUCCAUUGGCCUACUGUGAUUUUAAAGAAAGAUGUCUCUACAUUAACAAAAAUUUGUAUCCCUAUAUAAUAUGACAUGUGGAAGUCGAUCUUAAUACUAGAUGAUUGAUCGUUCUGUUGUCGACAUUUUAUUUUGCAGGACGAAAAAUUUUAAAGCGUGAUGUCUAAUCUAAACAAACAAGUUUUUGUUAUAUUGGUCGAUCACUUUGUCCUAUACAGAUGGACUGCUUUUUGUUAAUCGCAUUCAAACACUGAUAUGGCCGUGGUCGUUGUUUCCGUCUCACCAUAAUUAAUUCCAACAGUAUUAUUCAUUAACGACAAAAUUGAAUAGCCAAACUCUAAGACUAAGUCACCCUCCUAAUUUAUAAAUGCUUGUAUGGGUGGAGAAUAUAACAUUAUAUCAACAAGGCCGACAGUAAAAUCAAUCAAAAAUUAUGUAUUUGAUCGGAAAGGAAUUAAUCCAAAGGGAUCGAAGCGAUGCGCGGAUGGCACGCGGAACGAAUAUAUAAUAUCUCUUGUAUUCCCCUUAUACCGUCGAUUACGUACUCAACUUCCGAUUAUAUUUAUCUAUAUAUCCCCGACCAGAACCGAACAAAUAAAAGCAAGAAAAAGGAAACCAAAUGAAUCAAUCUCCUCUGCAACUAAUAAGAUAGAAAACGUGACUAAACAGUCUACUUAAUUACUCCCUUUCAUCCCUCCUCCUCCUCGACCCAUCUUCCUAAUUCCCUUUUUCCUCUUUUGGGAUUUGGAUUAGUUGUUAAGCUUCAUCCCCCUCUGCCGCGGAAACAUAUAUUCCUCUUAUUCGAUCUGAUCGAUCUCCUCCAUCCGCAGGAAAUCUGCAUGCUUUCUGUUCCUUAAGGGUUUGGUAUUACUUUGCACGAGCUAUAGAUAGCUUGGCUUUGGUGGGCCUAUAUAUAGAAGCCGGCAGAGGACAAGUAUUAUGGGCACCAAGAUCUUCGCCGCAACGUUCAAGUCCUUAAUAUCUGCCAUCUCCUACUGCUACUUCCACUUUCGAGAAGAUCACGGUGGUCUUCACUCUGCCGUCCCCAUCAUCAAAUCCUCCUCCAACAACAGCAACAGCCGAAGAACCAAAAACAACAACAUGCCUAACAAGUCCCGCCCACUUUCCCUCCAGACUGUUGAGCUGAAAGUCAGGAUGUGCUGCAGUGGUUGCGAAAGAGUCGUAAAGAACGCCAUAUACAAGCUUAGAGGUGUGGAUUCGGUGGAGGUGGAGCUGGCGAUGGAAAAAGUGACGGUGGUGGGGUACGUGGAAAGGAACAAGGUGCUCAAGGCCGUGCGGAGGUCCGGCAAGAGGGCGGAGUUCUGGCCGUACCCGAACCCGCCGCUCUACUUCACCACCAGUAACAAUUAUUUCAAGGACACCACCGCCGACUUCAAGGAGAGCUACAACUACUACCGCCACGGCUACAACCUCGCCGACCGCCACGGCAACGUCCCCGUCACCCACCGCGGCGACGACAAGGUCAGCAACAUGUUCAACGACGACAACGUCAACGCCACCUGCUCCCUCAUGUAGCUAGCCUAGCCUAGCCUAGCUAGUAUCAGCUCUAAUAUGAUCAAUUAUACAUAUAAUUCCAUUAUUAUAUAGAUCGAGUAUUGCUAUUAUAUAUGCGUCAGCUUUUAGUUAUUAUUCCCUUCUUCAGUUUCUCUGUGUUGAAUUAUGAGAUUAUCCAUAUGUAAAUGUAUAUAUUUGUUAUCGUACGUGCAUGUCUGAUGUGUACUUGUAAAGAAGUUAAUAAAAGAGACAGACAUAAGUAUUAAGUAGCAUUUAAUUAGCUCAGCUUUAUAUAUGUAUUAAUUAAUACAUCUAAAUUACCAUGAUAAGUAAAGCAUACAUUGCCUAAUUGUAGAGAUAGCCGGCUAAACUAACUAACGAAACUAACAAUCAAAAUGGACCAAUGAGGCCUCUUUCCGGGCCGUAAUACGUGUGGGCUGCCCAUUGAGUUACUGGGCCAGAUGAUUGGGCCUUUCUCGACGGAGAAGACAGGCUUCUGGGUUCGAAUGGAGGAGGAAAGCAGGGCCAGCCCUGAGACUGGUUAGGGUUCAAUCAGUCACUUCUAUUUACACCCUGACCUAGCGGUGGUGACGACGCUGGUAUUGCUUUACACUACAGAGAGCGGAAGAGAGAGGAGAAGAACAGAGACAGAGAGGGAGAGGGAGAGGGAGAAAGAGGGAUCAAUUGAAGAUGGAUUUCUCAUCGAUGGCAGGGCAGCAGGGAUCAAAUCCGAAAAUUUCGACGGAGGAAUUUAUGGAUCAGUUCAAGUCUCAACUCGCCCAGGCGUAUGCCCAGGAGUUCCUCGAGGUCUCGCUCUCUCUCUCUCUCUCUCUCUCUCUCUCUCAGUUUUAUUUCACCGUACUACUACUAUCUCUCCCUUCUCCGUUCGCGUUCUCUAUGAUUAUAUGUGUUAUGCUUCUUCCUACUGGUAAACAACUUCGAUUUUUCCUCAGCCUCAUGAACCCACUAGCAGUAAAAGUUUCCUACUUGCAAUUAGCUGGGUCGGGAUGGAGUUCGUUCCUCUUCGUUUCGAAGUUUGACUGCAGCUUACAUUUGAUAAAAUUUUAUGGAAGAA